CCAUCAGGAACUAACUGAUCAUACGAAUGUGACAAUUGGAUGUUAUGAGAGUGUUUAGGGUCCAGCUUAUUUCUUACUUUCAGUUCCCUCUAGUCCCCCGGUCUGGUGAAGUCAGUGCUCAGCAAGUUGCGCGUUUCUCUGUGAAGCAAUAAGAAAAAGUUUACAUCGAUUCCAAGCUGUACGAUCCUGGAUUCUAAUGCUGCUUUGUAUGCAUGAUGGACGGCUUUGUCAUAUCACCGAAUCAUUUUCCACCUUCAAAGGCUUCAGAGGAAAUCAAUCGAAAUGACCCACAGGAAUACAGACCCUCUGCAGAGCUGCACCCUUUCCUCACAAACGUGGGAGAGAUCUAUGAAGACCACAGAUGGACCUUCCAGUCUGAGCGUGUACAGCCGACGGAUUUUGACAAUUCUCCUGUGAAUCACCUCACAGAACUUCAAUCUGUGUCUUCUCAACAACUGAUACAACCGUACCGCUACAACAGCGAGCCUCUGGCCUUCCACCUGGACCCGACACUUGGAGCUCUCGCUGUGUCACCUCAAAUCCCAUUUUACACGUCGACCCUUUGCUACCAAUACCAGCCCCCUGCCUCGCCUGGCCAGUACUAUUCUGAGGAGGAGCCGAGAGCAGUCAGUCCUCCACUCGAGGUAUCAGAAGGAGAGGAUGAAUUCGGAGACCACAACCACCCGUCCUUCAGGAGAGACACAAGCAGGAAGAAAAUCCGCUUAUACCAGUUCCUCCUGGACUUGCUAAAAAAUGGUGACAUGCGAGACAGCAUCUGGUGGGUGGACCAGGAAAAGGGCAUCUUCCAGUUCUCCACAAAGCACAAGGAAACUCUGGCGAGCCACUGGGGUAUUCAGAAAGGCAACCGUAAAAAAAUGACCUACCAAAAAAUGGCUCGAGCUCUGAGGAACUACGGUAAAACUGGAGAGAUUAAAAAAGUCAAAAAGAAGUUAACUUAUCAGUUCAGUGAUGAAGUCCUGAGGAACCUGUACUUGCGUCAAUAUCCUCACUGAUGAGGGACUAACUGUCACUGAAAUCUCUAAUCUAACCAGGGAUUUGUUUCGCCUGCUUGCAGCAUCCCUUAGUUGUCCAAGCAUGUUUUCUAUUCUAUUUAUUUCUGUUGCUAUGUACAUUCUUUAUGGCCUUUUC